AUGUAUCCUCCGCAAGCCAAGGACCAGAACGUGAAGCUGCUCAAAAUUCUGAAGGCGGAAGCCAUACCCGACCGUAACCUUCCUCAGGAAGAUAACUCACGAUGCGACAGUCUGAGUGCUCCCGCUGACCAGGACGUGACGCAGCCCAGCGCUCGAAGACAAACCUGGGAUCAGAACACUUCCCCAGGAGAGCCAGAGGCUAAUAAGGAGAACAUCUUUAGCAUCCAGGAGCAACAGGAUGUAGAAUGGCAAGCUCUGGAUGUGUUGGUGACAGAAGCAAGCAGUAGGCGGGAAGAGAAGAGUGAACUUGAGGUUGAGGAAGUACAGAACAUUGUUCUGAGGAGCGGGCAGAGUCUCACUGUGGAAGAAGAGGAAAAACUUGAGCCCAAGUUACUGUUCUUAACAAUGAGCGACAAUAAACAGCAGCAGCCACAAUUGCAACCACAGCCACCUCCACCACAGCCCCAACAGCAGACAGCUGCAGUUCUUGACCAGAAUGGGCAGCAGGUUCAAGUCCAGGUCCAGAUGACUCAGCAGCAAGCACAUGAUGGGGCUGGAGCAGCCCCACAGCAACAGCCAGCACAGCCCCAGGCCCCACCAGGGGCUACUGGGCCUCCUCAACAUGCAGUGCAGCAGCAACAGCAGCAGCAGCAGCAGCAGCAGGUGGCAGUACACCAACAGCAGCCAGGCACCCCCUCGGGAGUGACUGUGGUUUCAUCAGGUGUAGGAGCCCAGUGUGUACAGGUUCCUACCUCUAGCAUACAGAUGCAGCAGCAGCAGCAGCAGGCUCAGCAGUCAGUGGCAGCAACCAUGCAGACCCAACCAGUGAUAGCGCCAGCCCCAAUGCCCUCCCAGUCUGGUACAACCACUAUCACCACCAUGUCUACAUUGCACCAGCCUUUGCAGCAUCCGAUGCCACCCCCCACACCUCAGCCUCUGGCCCAGCACCCAGGAGUGCCCCAUUCUGCUCAGAUGCAGCAAGUUUCUGAGUGGGGACAUGGCCGGGUGCAAGUAAUCCAGCAGCCCUUGCAGAACCCAACAUACCUGCAGCAGCUGUACAAUACCCAGGGGCAGCUGUUGAUGCCCAGUAACCUACAGCUACAUGCAACUGGAAUGAAUCCACCCUCCAUCCAUGUAAUCACUGCUGGGAAACCCUUCCAACCAAACCAACUACCUCCACAAAUGAUCACUACUCAGAAGUCUGUGCUUCAGGGACAAGCUGCUUCAUUCCCUGGGUAUGCAACAAUUCCGACCACUACAAACCAGACACUAGUGAUCAGCCAGUUGGGUGUGAUAAGCAACCAACCCAAUAUUCUGCCUGCCCACUCAGCCAGUACUGGUGCUGCAAAACCUACUGACAUGCAAAAGUACACAACAUGCGGUGGAGGUCGGACAGUGCAACAAAGCUCACAGCCAGUGCAGUUCUCACCAUGGCAGUUUGCUGGCACAUCUCUUCCCCAAGGAAUCACAUGGGCUACAGCUGCGCCUGGGGGAAUUCAGUCCCCUACAGCGCUCCUGACAGCUCCCAAUCCAAUCUUUAUUCGAGGACAACAAGAUGGCACUGGAAUGUUCAUUCAGAGCCCACCCCCACAGAUUCAGUCUCACAACCCUACACUGGCAACACCAACUGCAAUGCCUGGUGUGCAGCAGAUGACAGGAAAGCCAAGGCAGACCAUGGAGAUGCCUACUAACAUUCAGCCAAAGGCAGCUGUUCCACGAGCCCUGUCCAGUAUCCUGCCAUCUAUGACAGGUUCCCCCAUCCGCCCAGCCAGCUCUGUCUCUACUCAGACAGGUGGUUCUACACAGAUGAAUGCCACCUCAACACAAGUACAAACACAGAAAGCACAAACCAAGGUACGAACAAAGCUUGCUGUGAAUCGCACCUCUCCUGCGCCAGGUGCUGCCACACAGAAAGCAGAUGCUGCCAACCAAACAAAACCUCAGGCAAUAAGUCCUGCAUCUCAGGCCCAACAGAUGGCUGGCACAAAAAUGAUCCUAACCAGCACGGGCACUGCUGUUUCUGUGGGGACCACUACAACGGUGGCGGCAGGCUCCCCUGUUUCAGCAGAGAAAUCACAGCAGACUGUUGUCCCUCAGAACAACAAGGGCAUACAACAGCAACAAGUAGCAUUACAACAGCAGCCACAACAACAGAUUCAGCAGCAGCAGAUUAAUAUUCAGCAACAGAUUCAACAGCAACCACAGCUUCAGCAUUUCCAACAACAGCCACAAUCUCAAACUCAGGCCCAAUCUCAGCAACAACAGCAACAAGCUUCUCAACAGCAACUGCAGCAGGCUCAGCAGCAGACGCCACAGAAACCUGUUGUGGGCAUGACAACAGUACAAGCACAGACAGUCCAUGUGCCAGGGCCGCCAGUAGCCCAGCAACAAAUAGCUCAACAAACUGCAACUGCAGCUGCAGCUGUUGCUGCAUCUGUACAACAGAUGGGUUCAACACCCCCACCUGAACGCCCAGUCAUGCCUGUAGUGUCACUGGCUCCAGCUCCUUCACCGCUGCCUCUCCAGACAACCCUUCCCAUCCCUCCUAACAUACAACAAUGUUCACCAUUAGCUUCCACAGUGGCGAGUCAAAACAUGAUUGUAACCUCAGCUGUACCACAGAUUCAGACAGUAUCACCUCAGCAGCAGCCAUCACAGACCCAGUCUCAGUCACAGCUCCAAACACAGGUGCAGUUGACAGCUCUUUCUGCACCAGCUGCACCAGUUGGUUCAAUGGGCACCCAGACUGUUCGGGAUGAUGCAGUAAGCAAAGCGAUGGAAGAGCAGACCACUCAGGGUUCUGCUGUCACAGUCUCUACUCCUUCACAGGCAACGCCCAUGGAGACACAAGAAAUUGCUGAUGUAGAUGGCUCACAAGUCACAGGGAAUGGUGCCAUCCAAAUCAAGGAAGAGAAGGUGGUGAAUGGAUGUGUGGAAACAAGUGUCACAACGAAUGUGAUGGAGAAUGGAGUUGUGGCAGAAGAGGUUCGCACUGAGAGGGAGCGGGACAAGAACCCACCUAAAGCCAUGGUGAAACCACAAGUCCUCACCCAUGUCAUAGAGGGAUUUGUUAUUCAGGAAGCUUCUGAGCCAUUUGCUGUGAAUAGGUCCUCCCUCCUCAAUGACCUUGUCCAAGCAGCGAAGCCAAACAACCAACAGCUGUCUGAUAAAGAGAACCAGCAGAUUGGUGGUGAUGAUGAACCUCCAAAGAAGAAGCAUUCUUCAGACCUGCUGCUGGUUCCACUUCCACCAGGACCAAAAGGUGAACUAGAAAAAUGUGAAUUUUGUGGGAAGGUUGAUCUUCGCUCCAAAUUCAAGAAGUCAAAACGCUUCUGUUCCAUGUCAUGUGCUAAGAGGUACAACGUUGGUUGCAGCAAGCGACUGGGAAUGUUCAAGCCAAAUUCAAAUCAGUCAGCAGAAGGACAGACAAAGAAGGGGACAGUGUCAGACAUGAAGGAGCAGUGGCAGAAACCAGUCGCCAACAAAAACCAAGACUGGGCAAAUGGUCAACCUGAGGGGGCAACCGGAGCUACAGAUGACAACACUGACACAAAUGAUUCAGCGGCAUCUGGACCUGAGAGCUCUCUUUCACCUUCUGAGGCACCUGAUGUUCCUUCAGUAGAUAUGGAAGACAGUUCUGCCUCAGAAUCUGUCACACCAGCCACGCAACCUACACAGAGGGUGAACCCCCUGAAAUGGACGGUUUCAGAUGUAUGUGAGUUUAUCCGGACUCUCCCUGGCUGCUCAGAUUAUGUGGAAGACUUUGCCAUCCAGGAGAUUGAUGGGCAAGCUCUCAUGUUGCUGAAGGAGGACCAUCUGAUGACUGCAAUGUCUAUGAAGCUUGGUCCUGCCCUCAAGAUCUGUGCCAAGAUUGACACAAUGCGUUGUGAUGUAAAAGAGAAAUAGGAGUUAUGAUAGAGUUGGAAGUACAAUCGCCAGUAUGAUCUCAAAACUUGCAGGUACAUGAUAGUUGAUUUGUGCACUCCGUAUGUAUGUUGGCUAUCGUCACAUUAAACUGAGUGAAGUGUGAAAUUUGAGCAGCACAAGGACAGUGGAUUAGAUUGAGUUGUAAAAGGAUGUGCGGUCACUGACCAUUCUUAGGAGACUGAUGAACUCUUUCAGUUAAGUUCACUUUAUUGCAGGGUUUCCCAAAUCUUGAGUAGACACCUUCUGGAUUUAAAUGAUAUUUCUCAAGGGGCACAAUUGUUCCACAAAGUUGAGGAUAUAAUACCUGUUUUUCUUUUCAGAAUUACAGACAGUUUCAUUAUUUGUGCAGUUUAUAUCAGGAUUCUGCACUAUGAAUAGUGCAUGUUCCAUGACUGCCUGAAUUUGUAUCUGUAAGAAUAUGUUGUACAUGGCAGGUGUGGCAAUAGAAGGAUAUGUUAGCCAUCACAUGUACAGUUUUUUACCUGAGAGGUUAGCUCUUUCUAAGGGACCCAACAGAUCAGGGGUCCCCC